ACUCUCACGGCAAAGUCGGCUGUUCGUCGCGGUCUCAUGUACUGAUUGCUCACUUCUCUCUGCGUUCUCCUGGACUGCACCCCUUUCACACUGGUUUACCUCUGCCAUGCAUCCCUUUGCGUCAUACGUACUACGCAGCUACUACCGGGCUACUGGCUGGAACGAGGACAACUUGUAUGCCAAUCUCACUCGAUCAUCCAAUGCCGUCCUCGACUUUACUGUGCCCAGGGGGUUGCAUUUCUCGAUCUCGAAGUCGCCGAGCCCACUGUUCAAGAACACCUAUUCCAUGAACGCACUGCCGUCGCUCAACGGUUCUGUUGGCUACAUCUUCACUUCGUGCGAGCUGAACGUAAAGGGCUCGGGCGAUGUGCGGUUCAAGGACAUGGUAGACCGUUUCAAGGUGUACGACCUGCCUCGGAGACCAGAAGGGAAGGAGGAGGAAUGGCUUGCAGGCGAGAGAGUCGACACUCGGGACUACCUGUUCUACGGACGGGUCUACAUCCCCACAGGCCGACUUGACGCUCUAUACUCGACGAGAAUAGCACCGACUGUGCAAGGUAUGGUGGCUGCCAUAUCAGACCCCCGUGCCAGCUUGUUCGCCGAGUCCGUCCGGGGCGCACAUAUGCACCCGAGCAAUGUCAUGUUCAGCCUGCAGCACGACACCGGCAAGUGGUGUACCGAGUAUACGUGGAGUGCGGAGGACGGCAUGUGGGGCGUGCGGACGCUGCAUAACUUCGGGAAGCUGGCGGGUUUGAGCGAACCGGUUGAGGAGGGCGAGAAGUCCACGGCUACACCGCCCCGAAAUCGGUCUGGCAUGAGGAGAGUAGACGAGGAAGAGGCCAUGGAGGGAGGUCUGAAGGGCCGAAUAUCUGCCGGCGCAGAGUUUUACUUCAGUGCUAAGGAGAAGAGUGCUGGAGUAUCGACUGGCAUUCGGUUCACGACGUUGCCUGAUGCUACACCUCCAUCCUUCCAGAUUCCCCCAACAACGCCAUCGUCUUCGCGCGGACCUCCCUCUCAGCCACCCACAACCAUUACCGCCCUCUUUAACCCCAUGCUCGGGCACAUCUCCACGGCAUACACUGCACGAGUCUCGCGUGACCUCUCCCUCAGCUCGCGGUACGACUUCAACGUGUACAGCUAUGAGAGCGAGUGGUGCAUGGGGGCGGAAUGGUGGAUGCGGCGCGGGAAGGGCAUGUUUACUUCUGCUCUGGGCUCGAGUCCAGAUGACUCGAAAGAUGAGGUGGGCGCGCCCCAUGCACCCCCGGCGUCGCAGGAGGGCUUGGGCGAGGUGCAAGGGGUGAUGAAAGCCCGUGCGUCUACGACAACGGAUAUUUCCCUGCUGUGGGAAGGACGUCUGCAAAACAUGUUGGUCAGCUUCGGCAUCGUCUCGAAUUUGACUAGUAGGUCGAAGCCCAUAAAAGCAAUAGGCCUGGAGUUAUCCUACUUCAGCUCCGGAUGAGCUCUGGGCAUUGCAACACUAGUACCGUCGUCUGCUCUUCAGAACUUGGGGACACUGUAGUAUGAUCAACGAAGGACU